AUGAAAGCAAUCAGAUGUAAAUCAAGCAGCCAAGUUAGCAGUCAAGUCAUGAUUCGCGUAGUCUUAAUGCUACUGUAUCUGGUUCCUGAGGCGACCUUAAAGAGAUCGGAUAUUGGCCAGGCCAAGUCCACAAAAACAAGCGACAACAAAGCCUUUCAAAUUUUUCGCGGCGACACCGACAAGUACGAGUUGUGUAUAAAGCUAAAAAGAGUUUGCCACAAACUCUGGGACCAAGCUCCCGACUACACGGAUGCAGAGGAGAAGACUCCUGAUGGUAAAGAGGUGGACGACGAUGAUAAGGCCGCGUACAAGAAAGGGGAUUGCAUACCGACCGGGCUUUCGAAGGACGGGGAAAAAUUGUUUUGGAAAACUGCCGCCAAAUGGCAGAAGGAAAUCGACGAUAAGUUCCUGAUCCAAAAUCUUUUCGUGGUGUUAAUGACGACAGAGGAUGGACGAAAUACGAAGUUAGCCAUUGGAAAAUGGCAGGGUUGGUGCAAUAGGACCGAUAAUUCUAAAGAAAUGACCGUAACGCCCGAAUAUUCAAUUGAAGAUGUCAGCGGUGUAACCAGAAGUCCAAAACCAUUCAAAAAUUGCGAUGUUAAUGGUAAAUUUGGCAAGUGGAUUUCCAACGAGAUUAACGGCACACGACAGUUAGACAAAGAUAUCAACGUAAUUUCGGACUAUUUGUUAAAAUUUGAUAAGUAUGCCAAGAGCAAGUGCUGCCCCUAUGACUCAAUCAGAGAUCGAUUAGAAAUGAUAAACGAUGGGAUCGACUUUCUGCAAGAACUGCUGGGCAUAGAAACUUAUUCACAACCAAAUUAUACUGAUGUGAACGCCGAUAUUUCAAAUCUGAUGGGCAGAUUGGAGAACUUUACUGACCAAAUCUAUAAAAACGGUGGUGCCAAGUACUCGACAGGAAAAUGUUGCCCCAACAUUUUCGGUGAACUGGAGAUUUUUAAAAAUGAUUUUGUAGGCAAUCUCAAAUAUGAAAGCAUACAGCCACCGAAGCUUGACCACCAGCCAUUUAUUGACAAAGAAAAUAGCUUGCGAGAUAUGAUUUUGAGUCAAAUAAGGGACAUUGGUCUACUAGAAACUUCUCUUAUGAACCAAACUAAGAAAACUCCUUGUUGUGAAGGCGAAAGAGCACAAAUUGGGGAUAUAGAACAAUUAAUCAAAGACAUAAAGCCCGAAAAGUCCCUAGGAGAAAUUUUAAAACAAAUUGAACCACUAAAUGAAAACCUAGCUCAAGCCAAUAAAACAAUUUCAAGUGCAGAAAGUCUGCUUGUGUUGGAAAAGGAAAAUCUCCAGGAAAUAAAUAAAUACGGAGAAGAAUGCCAUCCAAAGGACAAAUCCUUUAAGAAUAUCGAAUCGAAGGUGAACCAUUUGGAAUAUAAAAUCAAUAACUUGAGUUUGCUGGAAUACGUCGAUUGGCCGAAGCUUAGAAAAGCUGCGGACGCUGUUGAUAAAAUGGUCAAAGACAGUCCAUUAAUUUUCGCUAAUAUAACAAUUAUAUCCAUGAAAAAUAAUAUGAAGCAUAUGAAAACUCGGACAACCAAAGUUUUGUUGAUCAAGCCAGACGACACAACUUCAGUACGAUUUUGUACAAAUGAGUCUAUUAAACUAAUUGACAGUUUGGAAAAAAUUGGUAAAGAUAAAAACUCUACUAUCGCUUAUCAUAAUCAGCAAGAAAAUAUUGUCAAAGAGCAUUUUAAAGAACUUUUAGAUAAUGAAAAAGAACUGCAAUAUUAUAGCCCAACGAGCUUAAUCUUAACCAAAGGUUACAUGAGUAAUAACCCUAUACCAUAUGUUCGAAACACGAAUUCUUUUCAGCUAGAGAUUAAUCAAUUGGAAAGAGAUAUAGACAACUUAACCGAAAACGGCAUCGAAAAAUUGGAGAGACAACUGCAGUAUACCCGAUUAAGAUACGAAAUGGAUCAACAAAAAGUUGAUAAGAAAAUUGAAGAACAGCUAAGAAAUAUACAUCUUUUUAGAGAGGAGAUGAAAAGAGAGCAAAAUCGAAUUGACGAACGCCUAGCCAAAUUAGACGAUUAUAUGUUGGAAACAUCAGAGCAAUAUGACGAUAAAAUAAGUAAGCUUGAGGCUGAAGCCUUGGAAUUUCCAAAACAAAUUGCGAGUUUUGAAAAAACACUUUUGGAACAAAUUGCUUCGUUACAACAGCAAUUAAAAGAAUUGGAAAAGGAGUCGGAGAAUACUGAACAUAGGGCAAAUAUAUGCGACGCUGAAUGUGAUUUUGGUGACCUGAAUUCUAUAGAUGAACUGAUGAAAAGGGUUCAGGUUGUCAAAAAUAAACUAAAUAAUUGAAAUCCAAAGACAGUCAAGGGACUUUAAAGCCGAUAUACC